ACAUUGGAUUAGAGCGUCACUGUCCGGUACAGGGCAUCAAUCAUCCGAUGCGAGGGACUCGACGCCGGUGAAUAAACGAGUCACAUCUAACAAGAGUUUGGACGGAAUCUUUAUGGGAAAUGGGGGUACCAAUACGAGAGAAGAUUUGGACACGAAAAUCUGUAUUUUUUGGUGUCGGGUUGACAUCUUCCUUAUCCAUAUUUGUUUGAAAUCUCCCGGUGCAAAUCACAGCAGUAGCACGCUAACGCGUUCCAUCGCACUACAUCUGCAGUUGUUGGUCGGUGACAAACUAGCUACCGUUAGUUAGCUGUAACCAGAAUAUGUAUAUUUUUGUAAAGACAAUAGAGAUGAUUGUGCUCGAGCGUUUAGCUGCUUUUACGUUAUGACCUGCUAACGUUAGUCCUGUAUUGGAAAUCUGACCGCUAAACCCAUUCCUCUGUAGUCAGUGGUAUCAAGGUGACGGAUGGAAGUAGCUAAGCUAAAGCCACUGGACUUGUGAACCGGUGUAGAUAAACUAACUAUGGCUUAUGCUAUGUGCCGUGGAAUGUUGUACGCUAGCUAGCGACACAUUGAGUAACUAGCUAGCAGCUACCAUGAAUUAUAUUGUGUUAGCUAACCUCCGACAGAUGUUGGGUGUUAUGUCGGCAAUCAAAUGUAAUAUGUAAUGUAUACCACGGGCUUACACCAUGUAUGUGGUUGGCCUCGUCCUUGUCAACCCCUGUGGUUGACACAUGUAUCGGUUUUUAAAAGCAAACAGCGGGAUAAAAACGCUGUCACCGGGUAGUGGUGCUGAAAAGAAAGAACAUAUUUUCUGUCGCUAGCUCGCUACAGUACUGUAGCUAUGGGAGCUAGCUAGCUAUAUAGCUAGCAGCACAUUAUAGCUAGCUAACCCCCCCAGAUUCUAUCAAUGGUGUCUAAUAAAUUUUUAUUCGCAAUAAUUCUAUUAUAUGUGUAUAUAGGUGUACAGUCAUUAUUUUACUUUUUUGGCGGCGUCGUUUUAACUAUUUUGGUUGCUAUGGCAUUUUUAAAUGGACCCAGACUAUUAGACUGGGCGAAUUCACCUCCUCAUCUUCAAUUCAACAAAUACGUCCUGACUGGAUACCGACCAAUAUCUUCUGUCCAAGACUGUAUAAGAAGCCUUUUUUACAUGCACAACGAACUGGGAAACAUAUACACACAUGGUAUCCCUCUGCUCUGCUUCCUGUUCCUCAUCCCGCUCAACUUCCCCUGGUCCCAGAUCAGUGUGACAUGGCUGGGUGUGGUCCACUUCCUGGCCUGCCUGUCCCCCCAGCUGGGCUCUGUGCUCUACCACCUCUUCAUGAACCACGAGGGAGGAGAGCCUGUCUACCACACUCUUCUCACCCUUGACAUGUGUGGCAUCUGUAUGAUCAACACGCUGGGAGCGCUGCCCAUCGUCUACAGCACCCUGCUGUGCUACCCAUUCACCCGCACAGUGGCUCUGCUCGUCUACAUCCUGCUGUCCAGCUAUGCUAUCUACUCGGCCAUCACGGCGCGGAGUAGCGUGCGGCGCCUCCGCUCCUUUGCCUGGCAGGCCCUGUUCCGCUUCUCCUUCUUCCUGCUGCGCUGGGUGGGUGUGGGCGGCGGCAGCCCCACCUCGCUGCAACACUUCCUCACCAUGGACGCGCUGGCUGUACUGGGCGGGAUCAUCAACAUCUCGCGCAUCCCAGAGCGCUUCCGCCCGGGCCUCUUUGACUACUGGUGCAACAGCCACCAGAUCAUGCACGUGCUGGUGGUGGGCUCCAUCCUCUACCUGCACUGGGGUGUGCUGGACGACCUGCUCUGGAUCAACAGCCACCACUGUCCCUCAGACUGAGCCCCACUCUGCCUGGAGGGGGACCAGCGGGGAACAGGGUUUAGGACCUCUGGGGGAGGACCUCUGGGGGGGGGGCUGUUUCAAUAGGUAAUACUUGGGAAGGGAAGAUGGGAGGUGUUCAUGAAGACGUGCAUGGAAGGCCAGAUAAAGUGUUUUACAUAAUAGGGAUUGGUGCAGGCUUUGACACAUGUGCAAGAAUGUUCAUACUGUAUCUGUGUCCACCUUGCCAUUAUACAUGCGUUGCUAUUUAUAUUAGGGAACACACACAAGGAUUUGGAAAUUGGCUCACUGGUCAACACACACACACACACACACACACACACACACACACACACACACACAGCAGAGGAUCUGUGAAGAUUACACACAAAGGAGAUUAAGGAUUUGAUGUCAGAAAUACACAUAGAAAUGUCUACCAAAAAAAUCAUGAUAUGCAAGUGAAGUUACACUUGAGCAAUAGUUGAUUUGCUGUUGACUUAUCCUCAUGUGUCAAUUACCAUUUCAACCUAUGUCUUUUGUCAAAGUGGACCUUCAAUGAUGCAUUCAUUCUUUCUGAAGUAUUUUUCAGAUGUCAUUCUAUUGCAACCUAUGCAGCACAUAGCAUAUAAACGUUAGAACAAACACACACACCGCACACACUCACAGCGUAGCAUGCAUACAUGCUAGUAAUGCACAAGUAAUGCACAAAGCACUCCCAGACCCGUCACAGAGUCCUAUGGAACUACUUGAGUUACUGUGUAUUAGAGAGGAUAUUCUCCCUCUCAUUAUUUCUUCCAUGUUUGUUUGUCUUUCUCCCUUCUCUCUGGCUUUGUCUGUCUCUCUGUGGUCAGGUAUGGGUGAAGGGUAUGGGUAACUGGGUGAAGGGUAUGGGUAACUGGGUGAAGGGUAUGGGUAACUGGGUAUGGGUGAAGGGUAUGGGUAACUGGGUAUGGGUAACUGGGUGAAGGGUAACUGGGUAUGGGUGACUGGGUAUGGGUAACUGGGUGAAGGGUAUGGGUAACUGGGUGAAGGGUAUGGGUAACUGGGUAUGGGCGAAGGGUAUGGGUAACUGGGUGAAGGGUAACUGGGUAUGGGUGAAAGGGUUCAUUCCUUGGCUUGUGAGUGCUCAUUUUAUUUGAAGUUUACCUCCCUUUUAGUGCAGUCCACAUAGCCUAAAUGCUAGACUGAACUUGGAUGCUUUGUGCCAUUGAAAAUACAACCAUUUUGAAUAGGGAAUCAUGACAGAUUAUUUACGUUUACAAUUGCUAUUGUUGAGUUACAUGAAGUUACUCUUUAUUAUUGGUUAACCAAUUAAUCUUGUGAGACAGUGCAUUUUAUUUAUUCAUCAAUAUCUAUAUUUAAAGUGACAAUUCCUCACAUUUAACUGAGGAAUUUGAAUUGGUUUUGAAUCCGGAUUAUUAGAAUUAGUUCAUGACUAUAAAGUUAAAAAAUAUAUAUUUUGUUGAUUAUUGUAAUCAUGUUUGGCACAUACAGUAGUCAAUGAAAAGGGCACAUAACGUCUUAAAUGAAGAUGCCUAAAACAGACCGGAUGUCUCUCUUUAUAAUACCUGAACAAUAGUUACAUGACUGCAAGAUGGAUCUUGUUGACUGAAAAGGGAAGUUCUGCCACCAAACAGAUACCAAAUGAUUAUUACUCUACGGUAUUAGAGAGACAGUUUGUGAUGAGGGUUUUUAAAAUUAGAAUGCCCUAUUAUUAUUUGACUACUAGAAACCAGUAGGUUCCCCUGGGAGGGUGGAAAUGGCCGACAGCUAGGCUACUUUCUAGGCUUUUAACUGUCCGAGGCCAGAUAAUGAUUUGGUAUGAGGCACUGCAUUCUAUGCCAAAGCUGGACAUUAUUACUACAUAACAUAGCCCAGUUGGACUCUUUGCACUUUGUUACCCUUAGAGAGGUACAAUACUGUAGUACCAAGCUGAUCUGUGCCGUAUAGUAUUUCAUUAGACAACUGCAACCAAGCAUGAAUGAACCCCUAACCCUCUCACCAUUUUCACAACCAGUAACCCUGAGCAAACUAUUUCUGGUUACUCAGUUUUAAAGUCAAAAUUGUUGCCACUAGUUUCUGCACUGGCAUUUGAGUUUAUGCUCUGAGGAACAGUACAAUGUUUACUUUUUGGAUUACUUUAGUGUUUUAUAGAUUUUGUUCAACGAUUGACUGUAUGUGGAAGGUUGAGACCAAGCAUUUUGUUUUUUUAAUCUGCUUUGUUCUGAGGGAACUUUAACCUAGCCGUCCCAUGGACUAGUUAAGUUUGCAUGUUUCUAUGUAACAUUGCACUUUUGUAACCUAGUGCACACACUCACACAUACCCACACUAAUAACCACUUCACUCACAAGUUGCCAAAUGAUGUGUCGAGGGCCUCCGUUGUAGCACAUACUUUGCUCACAUUGAGUCAAGGGUGAGGGAGAAUGUCCCAGCCUCUCCCACACAGGCCUCAGACUGCAACCCGACUUUGACUAGUGUUAAACCGUUUCUCAGCCCCCUUGUGAAACCACCCCUGUCAUGGUGAGUACAUUACAGCCAUGGCCCCUUGUAUCGUCAUAAGCUGAAAUUGUAUUACAGUGCACUGAAUGAAACUGAUUAUUAAUGCAUGUUAGUAGCUCUCAAACGGAAAGUCAUUGUCUCAUACGAGGACUUUAACUUAGUAUUAGCCAAAUGCUUGUGCAUUGUAACAUAUGACACGUCAUGUGUCAGUCACUCCAGCUAAGAGCUUUACAUGCUGUCAGGGCAGUGGACCAUGAGUGUUAAGAGAGGAACAUACUACAUACAGUAUAUACUAAUACAGGAAUAUGAGGGACUAGAACAGAGGCAAUACAACUAUAUCAAAUAAACUGCACUGUUUAUUUAUUUUCAAAAGGGCUUUGGAUCAAAGUGAAUACCAGUAAUGAAACUUAUUUAAAGUCCAUGUAAAUACAUGUAUGUAUGUAGAUUAUAUAUACAUACAGUGCAAACAGUAUAUAACGCUGAUACUUUUUUAUACAUGUAAUUAAAGGAAAGAAAGCAGAAGUAGGAACCUGGAAUUUAACCUGUAUGUCACCUCAGACAAUGCUCUGUGUCCGAGGGAAACGGGACCUGAGGGGUGGUACUACUGUGUAUUUAAUAUCAACCACAUCCAACCUAUUUACUCAAAUAUGUGAACCCAGAUAAAACUGAUUCUUUUCAGUUCUGUUGUAGAGAUGGGUAACCGUGUGGGUUUUUGAGAGACCCAGGGCUUAAGAAUGCUUUUGCUCGAUUAAAUAUAUCCUCAUAAAAAUAAAAGAUGGGGAAGAUACAGGAGGGGGGGGCAUGUAUGAAUACCUCUGAUUACAACUGGAUAUCUAUGCAUUAUCAGAUACAAAUACAUUUACACUGUCUGAAGUGGAUGUGUGUUCAAGUGGUGUUUCUCAACUGUCACAAAAAACAAAAAGGGUCAGUUCUCUACUCAAAGGGACUCCACCACCCUGGGUUUUCCACUUCUCAGGGUGCUAUAGCCGUAGCUGUUACGUUGAGGCCAGGGGGUUCCUCUCUGAAACAUGGCUUUUAGAGCCACACACCACAGAGGCCACUGUGAGGGGCUCCGGAACUGGGCAGGGGUCCGAGGGAAGUUAAGAGUCAGCAGUAGUAGUAGAAGUAGACAUUAUUUAGGGAUUCUUGGGGUGGGCUCUGAUUAAACAAGGUGAAAUGUAUUUAAAGAGCGGUUGAGAAAAGAGUAAGACUGUGGAAAUGGGAAGAUGGGAGGGAAGAGUGGUGGGAGAAAGAACUAAAAACCAUUUUUCAGAGAUGGAACCAGGCCCACCAACAGUACCAUUUUUCAGAGAUGGAACCAGGCCCACCAACAGUACCAUUUUUCAGAGAUGGAACCAGGCCAGCCAAUGGUCAUUGUUUUAGUCUGUAUAUUCUGCUAUUCUAUGAUGAUAAUGAUGACAUGAUAUAUGAAACACUAACAAAAUGUAAUGUUUUUUUUUGUUUUUUGUACACAGGUGCCAGCUAGCCUGUUUCUGACUAUUUAUAAAGGAUUAACUGUCCACUAUUGUUAUACGACGAUGAUGAUGAUGAUGAUACUUAUUAUUAUUGAUACAAUUACUCUGUGGAGGGUUGGUACUAAUUAUGAUACUGUCUGUACUGAUAAUGAAAUGCCCUUUUCCUCUUGAUGAAGGGAGCUUUCUUGAGGGUCUGUCUGUUUCUCUUUUUGUCCUUGUCUUCGGUCUCUCUUGGUUUUUGUAAAUGAAUUGAAUGGCUGUUUAUUUGGCCCCAUCUGGUGGACAUAACUCUGUAACGUUGCAGUCUAUUGCAGGCAUCAUAUUGUAUCGUAUAAAGGCUCACCGCCAAACGUUCUGUGUCUGGCAGAGGAAGCCCAGUUCUGAUAUUUUCACUAAUUGAUCUUUUGACCAAUCAACUCUGAAAAAGAUCUGAUGUGAAAAGACCUGAUGUGAUUUGUCAAAGGACCAUUGGUGGAAAACAAAUACCAGAAUUAGACUUUGCUUUUACACAGGCAAUGUGACUGACUAACAUACUUACUACUCAACAGUGUUAACAUGCUAGGAGUGACCAAACCCUGCAUGUUCAGGGUUGCACAAACCAGUUAUGAAUGUAUACUUAUGGACCCUGUAUGUUUGAAUAUAUGAGCUGUUUUAAGAUCUCAUACUUCAUGUGUGAAAUCUGUGUUUUAAUGUGUUUUGUCUGUCCUGCUCCAUGUCUGGGUGCAAGUUGCAUCCUACUGUGCCUCAUCGACCCGCCUGUGUUCUCACCAACUCUUCUGUUAAUUUAUGGCCAUCUUGUAUCUCCCUGUGUCUAGUUUCUCUACGUGUCCAUCUGUAGUGUCUUGCAUUAUACAGACAGGCCCUCCCACUCCUCAGUCUCCAGCAACGAUUGUGCAAUAAACUGAAGUCUAUAUUUUUAAA